AUGGACAUCCGUCUACGACUCGCAAUCCGGCGACAUGGCGUGCCCGAGGUCAAGCUUGUUUGGCCGUGCACUGCAUCCGACGACCUGACGAUCGCCGCGUUACUCGCACAAAUCAACGAUGUCGUGGUUCUAGAAAGCGGUCAGUGGGGACUCGAGGACUAUGCUGUGGAACUCUCAGAUGGCUCGGGCAACAGUUUCGAGUGUUUGCACUUCCAACCUUUGCGCAAGGUCUUCAAGCAGGACGACCAAGUCCUCAUCCGUUCGCUCUCCACUGAGGACAUAAAACAGCGCCGCGCUAGCGGGCGACAUCAAAUCUCGAGCGACGGCAUCCAUUUAGUAGAUGGUAUCCCCUUUGGUCGUCGAAGAGCUCCGCCUGGCCGACCGCAGCUCGAACUACCACCACGAAAAAGAGCGCGCAUCGUGUACGACGCGGAGGAGGAGGAUGACAGCUCAGUAGAAGAUGAGGUCCUAGAGCACAUGCUUCUUGAAGACACGCCGAGAGCAUCCGAAAAGCGCGACCAUUUCCGCUCCAAUGCACACAAUGCUGACGUGGAGGAAGACGACGAGCCCGAUCAAGACUAUGCCACCGAAAACGACGCCGAGGUCGACGCUGACGACUAUAACAUGGACGAAGAUGAUGAUCUUGAGGAGGAGAUCCGCCUGCUCCAGGCAGAUAACGAUAUCGUUGGGGAUCAUUUCUUUGACAGCGAGGACAAGCAGAACCCGCAGCCCGAACUGCCUCGACUCAGUCCACACGCACCAGAGGCUCCGAGCAGCCAACCACUGUUGCAGGAGAUCACUCCUGCCGCUGUCAAUGCUUUGCAAAUGGCGUUCCCCUCGACGCCAGCGUCUGCUAUCCGAGAUGCGCUGCAAACCCAUCAAACCGACAUACACAACACUUAUCGAGAUCUCGCCGCCGAGAAUGAUCCAACCAUGUCCUUUGACAAGGUCCUUCAAAGCUUUCUGGCCGAGCGAUUUGCCAACACCAAGUCGUCCCCCGGGCCAUCGCUACUGCCGGAAACUCCCAAAGUCCAGUCACGCCCACUGAUACAAGUUGUUGAGGCCGACGAACCGCUAGGCUCGGGCAGCCCCCAGCCCAACGGUAUCGAUGAUGGUGAUGCGGUAAACGCCUCUUCGAGAUCAGCCGAGACGUCCAGCAGCAGCGACAGCGACAGUAGCUCGAGCGACGAGGCGAGUCUGCGAGGUUAUGACGAAGAGGAGAACGACUUUAGCGACGACGAAAGCUCUGAUAGCGACUCGGAUGAAUCGAAUGCAGUCACGUCGCCUAGAGCAAGUACGUCCACGGAUGGCGGACUGCCUGCAGAAGAGAGCUCAGCCAGCGGCAGCAGUUCAGACUCUGAGGCUGGAUCGGACAGUCAGUCGAGCUCCAUGAAGAAGAAAGUCAAAUCCAAUACUUCUUCUAGUUUUAUGAGCAAAGACGUCGGACGCGAUCCCAUUUCGGCAGUACCCGAACGCCAGAAGAAACCAAGGAUUGAGGUUGUCUCCAGCAGCGAGAGUUCGGAUUCGGAUGACGAGUACAGCUCCAGCGAUGAUAGUGAAGACUCCGAUGAGGCAAGCUCCGAUUCUGACUCUUCGCCCGACGAGCUCUCGACUAGGAAGCCCUCUGCCAAGGCGACAACUGUGCCUCCGGAUGUUGCACAGACAGAGACAGGGCAGCCCACGCAGGCGACGGUUCCACGGGGCCAGGGGAUGACUAAAACGCAGAAGCGCAAUGCGCGACGCAAGUUGGCAAAGCAGCAUGCAAAGGCCGGUCGAGCCCCAGCGCCAAUUUCGGAGGUUGAUGAGCUUGUUGCUCGUAAGAAGGCCUUGCUGAGCGCUGUGUCGCAACAAGAAGACACCAAUGCCAUGGAUCAGAGUGUGCGGCCGGACCAGGCGACUAUGACAGAGGUCGAUGAACCCCACGGACGUCAGGACCCCAUGGAAUUGGCCGAUAUCUCUCAGGACAUGCCAACUGAGCCAUGCUCGGUAGACAUGGAAGUAGAUGCAGAUGCAGACGCUGAGGAUUCCGUUGGUGUUAUCAACCAAGCAGCAGUUUCGGAGACAACGGCAUCGGCCGAUUCCAACCGGCGUCGUGUAAAGAUGGACAAGGACGCUGGUCGACGCUUACUUUUCGGAGCCCUGGGACUCAAGAAUCCAAAGAACAAAGCAGACGAAGAGAAGAUCAAGGAAAAGCUGAUGAAGGAUGUUCGACCACUUAAAAACCAUCGACAGGAAGAGACGACGCAGCAACAGUAUGGAACUCCUGCUGUCGAUGACGACGGAGAGGAAGAUGGCAAUGAGGAUUGGCGCGCCAAAAUUACCUACCGUGCCGUCGAAUGCUGCCAUGAAGGCAUGCAGCUAAGUGAGCCGCCGUUCCCAUUCGUACAACGAUGGGAUCCUCAGCAGCAGUACGGGGCGAUGCGCAAGCGAAAACGCCAGUCCCAGGAGUACUACCAAGACGACGCGUAUGAAGAUGGCUACGACGACGAAUCUUACAACUACAAAGGCUACGAGGAAUCUCAUACGCCCAAGAAGUCAAAAAAGUCAAAGAAGAAGUCGAAACAGAAUGGCCAUGCCAACGACGAAAUGAUGGUCGAAGACAAUGUUGUGCUCGACUAUGACGAUGCGCCAAAGAAGACACCCGCUGGUGAAAGCCAAUUCACAGACUACGACGAUUUGCCGUCGCUCCCGCCUGAUGUUACCACACUUGCGGCAUUGACCUUGGACAUGGUCACGUCGGGUAUGGUGAUAUGUUGGAAGGAACUACAAAUGUCCAAGGCUACAUCUUGGCAACCCACGAUGGCUCUGGUUACUGCGUUGGUCAUCUCUGUAGAGGAUAGCACCAUCCACGUCAUCUUGGCGAAGCGUGAUCGCCCCGAGGAUGACCGCGAGUACGACCAGACCACCGGCAAAAGGAUUUACGAUAAAUUCGAAGCCCCAGACAACUCUGAUGACGACAUGGAAGAUAAUCUAGAGCACGAGGGUCACAGAUGGGUGAACUGGUCAGACAUGGUCGAGCCACGCGUUGUGCAGAGCGCCCCAUCGUCAAGGACCGCAGCCAACAGCCUUGGCCCGGAAGCCGACGACCAACAUGCAACGGUAGAGCCAACUACCGAGGCAGAACCGGCCCAAAUUUCCGAUAGCGUCCACAAAGACCCUGCCAAUGGGGAAGAGGACAUUCCUACCGUUUCAUCUAUCCCGUCUGGUCAGACUUUUCCUCGGUUCGAACCCCUGGACACCAGUGCCUUGGAUAACACGGCUGUCAGUAGCAGGACUGACGAUUCCCAGGCUCAAUCAGGCAGUGACGGAGCACGGAGACAGAGGCCUCGGGGCCCUCGAGCUAUAGUGGAGGAUUCUCAGCCGCCUCCCAUGGCCAGUAAGUCGGCACAGAUGCCCGGAGGUGAACGUCUCCAACCACAGCAAGAGCAGGCCCUCUGUCCCGGAUCUGAAGUGUCGGUGCUGGCAGAGAAUUCCAAUCCGUCAGUCGACGUCACCCUAGCUAGCCCAGGUCAAGAGCCAGACGAGCGCCAAAGCCCCCUGGUGGAAUACCCGCAGCUCCCACCCUUCCCAUCAUCGGCCGGCAGCCUCCGUAGCGGACGACAGCCCAACCCAGAGGAUGAAAUUAUGAACGAUGCUGGCGAUGGUGAUGAUACAGUGAUUCAUCACGAUAUCGGCUCACCGGACGACGGGGCAGGCGCAUUUGAUAGUGAAGAGGCCAACAUGCGACCCCAUGGAAGCAGCUCGCCACUCUCUUCGCUGAACGAUUUAUGGCACACGGCAAAGAGUGCCAAGAGCUCACAGAGCCCACUCAAAUCAUUGCAGAUGUCUGCCCUCUCCAAGAGAAAAGGCUCCAAGUCCGGCUAUGAGGAGGCAAUGAAACGCUUGGACGAAGGAGACGAAUCGGAGCUGUCGCCCGAUCGGAACACUUCAAUCAGAAGUCUCAUCCCCAAUGCGAUACAGCCAUUACCGGCGGUGGAUGUGUCCGCCGACCGCGGCAUCGCGAACAGCAAGCAGGAGAAGGUUACGGGCCGCCGUCGCUCGUCUCCAUUUCGGGUUUCGGAAGGCAGUCAGGUCAUUGAGCUCAUCUCUAGUCCAGUCUUGCCACGACCGGUCGAGCAUUACCCCGAUGACCGCAUAGACAAAACGUAUCAGGAUGAAGAGGAUGAGGAGGGUUCGUCACUGCCCCGUGGCUCCGGCUGGGUUCAGAAGAAUAAGAUGGAGAGAGAGUCCCGAAGGCCAAACAGGGAUUCCUCUGCUGCUUCCUCUUCACCGGCCGGUGGCAGACGAGCAAAGAACAGAUCAUUACCCUGGCCAUCAAGCGCGGCGCCUGCAGGACAAGGGCGCAGAAGGAUGAGCAAGAAAUUCUAA